AUGAUACUACUUGCGGAUCUUGCACUUCAGAAAGCGACGCAGUAUCUUCAACUUCUCCAAACACUUGCUCACCUAAAUGUACAGUUGGAUCAAGCGGCUGCGCAACUUGCACAGAUGCUACAACUUGCGGAUCUUGCACUUCAGAAAGCGAUGCAGUAUCUUCAUCAUCUCCACACACUUGCUCACCUAAAUGCACAGCUGGCUCAAAUGGCUGCGCAACUUGCACAGAUAGCACUACUUGCGGGUCUUGCACUUCAGAAAGCGAUGUAG